GGCGGCGGCAUGAGGGCCGGCGGCCCGGGGGGCUGAGGCGCCGCCUGCCGCGGCCGUACGUCCUCCAUGGAGGCCGGAGGCAUUCAUAGGAAAAUGAGGCCUCUGGUCACUGGGUUUACCCUUCCAAAGGUUACUGAGUCAUGGGUAACCAGCAGAGGGGAGUGCCAGAGCUGAGUAACCACGGUGGAAUGUGGCCUUUGGCUACUGUUACUGCCCCAGGUCAUUUAAGUGGCAGUUCCCUCCCAGAAUCCCACCCGUGCCAUGAGGAACCGCUGCUGCUGGCCGAACUCAAGCCCGGGCGCCCCCACCAGUUCGAUUGGAAGUCGAGCUGUGAAACCUGGAGUGUGGCCUUCUCCCCAGAUGGCUCCUGGUUUGCUUGGUCGCAAGGACACUGCAUUGUCAAGCUGAUCCCCUGGCCGCUGGAGGAGCAGUUCAUCCCUAAAGGGUUUGAAGCCAAAAGCCGAAGCAGCAAAAAUGAUACAAAAGGGCGAGGCAGCCCGAAGGAGAAGACUCUGGACUGUGGGCAGAUUGUGUGGGGUUUGGCCUUCAGCCCGUGGCCUUCGCCACCCAGCAGGAAGCUCUGGGCACGCCACCAUCCCCCAGGGCCAGACGCCUCCUGCCUGAUCCUCGCUACGGGGCUCAACGAUGGUCAGAUCAAGAUCUGGGAGGUGCAGACAGGGCUCCUGCUUUUGAAUCUUUCCGGCCACCAAGAUGUUGUGAGAGAUCUGAGCUUCACACCCAGCGGCAGUUUGAUUUUGGUCUCUGCGUCUCGGGACAAGACUCUGCGCAUCUGGGACCUGAAUAAGCAUGGUAAACAGAUUCAGGUGUUGUCGGGCCAUCUGCAGUGGGUUUACUGCUGCUCCAUCUCCCCGGACUGCAGCAUGCUUUGCUCUGCAGCUGGAGAGAAGUCGGUCUUCCUCUGGAGCAUGCGGUCCUACACAUUAAUCCGGAAGCUAGAGGGCCACCAGAGCAGUGUUGUCUCUUGUGACUUCUCCCCUGACUCUGCCUUGCUUGUCACGGCUUCUUACGACACCAACGUGAUCAUGUGGGACCCUUACACUGGCGAGAGGCUGAGGUCACUCCACCACGCCCAGCUCGAACCCCCCAUGGAUGACAGCGAUGUCCACAUUAGCUCCCUGAGAUCUGUGUGCUUCUCUCCAGAAGGCUUGUACCUCGCCACUGUGGCGGAUGACAGACUCCUCAGGAUCUGGGCUCUGGAACUGAAAACUCCAAUUGCAUUUGCUCCCAUGACCAAUGGUCUUUGCUGCACAUUUUUCCCACACGGUGGAGUUAUUGCCACAGGGACAAGGGAUGGUCACGUCCAGUUCUGGACAGCUCCCCGGGUCCUGUCAUCACUGAAGCACUUAUGCCGGAAAGCCCUCCGAAGUUUCCUCACCACCUACCAAGUGCUGGCACUGCCAAUCCCCAAGAAAAUGAAAGAGUUCCUCACGUACAGGACUUUGUAAGCAGCGCCACACGAUCUCGUGUGUUUUCUCUGUAGCAGAUACAGCUCCCUGGCGAAGGAGUCGCUGGGAGAAUGGGCCAAACACCUGGUCUUGGAUGGACAUAGUUUCUCUUUGGAAUUGGGAACAGAAUGUAGCAAAACCAGAUUCCAGUGGACUCGUCAUGGAUCUUGUCCCCUCGACAUGUCAGUCAUAGAGGAGGGGACUCCACCUCCGUGGCCACAGCGCCUUAUCUUCAAUCUUCAGUCCACUUAGAAGCAACAGUUUUGAAUUCUAGUAGUUUUGAUUCAAAGUGCAGAUAAUGAGGUUUCGGUAAGAAGAGUUAUAGGCCUCGCCAGCCUCUGUAGCGGCCGAGGGGUUUCAGCUCCCUCUGCUGGGAAGUGUGGCUCCUGCCUGGUCCCGGCUGUUUCAGAUGCGGCAGCAGCGGCCUUGUUUCAGCUCCUCUCCUGUUGUCAGAGUUGGUGUUGGCAAGUCUCUCCUUCCUUUAGCUUCUCUCUGAGCAGCGGGAGUUUCCACGGAGCAGGCUCUGGUAUUAGCUAAAUUACAGGUGACGCAGGCUGUGCUCCUGACUAAUACACUAUAAUUGGCUUUUUCUUUUUUUAAACAAUGGUGUGCAUGUGCAGAUGACAAACUUAUAUGCCAGGUUACACAAGGAUUUACUCCUAAACUGCAUGACUGUUCAGAUGGCUGAGUUGUUGGUUGUUUGCCUCUCAUUAGCAUAUUUAUUUUUAUUUUCUCAACAGAUGUUAAGGUACAACUGUGUUUUUCUUGAUAUCUAAAAACCAUAGUACUUAAGUUGAA